AUGAACGUGUAUUGUAAAAUAUUUAUUGUGCUUCUUUCAAUUAAUUCUGUGCAUCUUUAUUGUGGUCCAUACAAUGGGCAAAUUUGCAAACAUUAUUCUACUGGGUACGUGUGGUACAAUCAUACCGGUGGAUUGGAAAAUGAAAAAAUUACAUCUGGUUUAUGGAAAGAAAUGAUAGCAGCUUUAAAAGAACCUUGUCGUAGUAAAGCUGAAAAACUUCUAUGUGCAUAUGCUUUUCCAAAAUGCAUUGACAAAGAUGGAGUUGGAUAUUAUGCUUUGCCACUAUGCUACGAAGAUUGUAUGGCUGUUAAAAUGCAGUUCUGUUACAAUGAUUGGAUUGUUAUAGAAGAACAAAGUCGGCGAGGUGUAUAUUUUGAAUCGAGGGGUCAUUUUCGUUUUCCUGAAUGUGAAAAGCUGCCGAAAUUUGCUGGAAAAGGAACUCAAGUAACAUGCAAUAACGCAGGUAUCACUGAUAUGGAUUACAGUCAAGUUACGACUACAUGUGUCCGUGGUAAUGGACAAUAUUACCAAGGUACUAUGAAUGUUACUGAGACUGGGCUUGCAUGUCAAGCCUGGGAAUCACAGCAUCCACAUCAACAUACAAGACCACCUUUAGUAUUUCCUGUAGUUCAAAAUGCUACCAAUUACUGUAGAAAUGCAGGAGGAGAAGAGCGGAAGCCUUGGUGCUAUACAAUGAACCCAAAUGUAAGAUGGGAACUCUGUGACAUACCCAUGUGUGCUAAUUUUAGCGAUGAUUUUGAUAAUACAAGUGGUACAAUUGUAAUGGAAAAUUACUUUACACCAACAUUUGUUUUAAUACUUUCUGUUAGUGGCCUUGGAUGUGUUUUAGGUAUAGCAUCAAUUGCUCUUCUAUGCCAUUACUUUUUAAAGAAUCAUUACUCUAAGUGUAAUAUCUCAAGUCGCAGAAAUCUGCAAAAUGUGGAUAUUGAUUUGGAUAAACUCCCAAGCAAUUUAGCUUAUCACACAACAGGUGCACAGCUAAAUCCUAAACUGGAAAAACUGGAAUUUCCUAGAAAUAAUAUUAUUUAUAUUCGAGACUUAGGUCAAGGUGCAUUUGGAAGAGUAUUUCAAGCAAAAGCACCCGGUCUAGUUCCAGAUGAAGAGUUUACCUUAGUUGCAGUAAAAAUGCUAAAAGAUGAAGCAUCUCAUGACUUACAAUUGGAUUUUGAAAGAGAGGCUUGUUUAUUAGCUGACUUUGAUCAUCCAAAUAUUGUCAAAUUAUUAGGUGUAUGUGCUAUAGGACGUCCAAUGUGUUUGUUGUUUGAAUUUAUGGGCAAGGGGGAUUUGAAUGAGUAUUUAAGAGCUUGCAGUACAGCACCAAAUUAUCCACCAGUAGUAGAAAAUAGAGAGGACUUAAGACUUCUUGUUGCUCCACUGAGUCACUUGGAUCUUCUUCACAUUUCUAGGCAAAUUGCUUCUGGAAUGGUUUAUCUAUCUGAUAGAAAAUUUGUACAUCGUGACUUGGCUACUAGAAACUGCCUAAUAAAUGAUGAUAUGGUUGUUAAAAUUGCUGAUUUUGGAUUAUCACAUAAAAUUUACUUACAAGAUUAUUAUAAAGGUGAUGAGCAUGAUGCUAUUCCUGUAAGAUGGAUGCCAUUAGAAAGCAUUUUAUAUAAUAAAUAUACUCUAGAAUCUGAUGUAUGGGCAUAUGGUGUGUGCCUUUGGGAAAUAUUUUCCUUCGCCUUACAACCCUAUUUUGGUAUGACACAUGAAGAGGUUGUAAGAUUUUUAAAAGAUGGCAAUGUGCUUGCCUGCCCUGACAAUACACCUAGAUGUGUUUAUGAUUUGAUGAAACAGUGCUGGAAUCAUCAUCCCAGUGAUCGUCCACAUUUUAGAAUCAUAUAUCAAACUUUGGACAAUAUUCAAAUGAUACUUGAAAGAACAAAUUCCACU